AUGGUUUUCACAUGCACACUGCACAGGAAGCGCACCAGCUCGCACCUGCACAGGCGAACGCUGCUGAAACUCGACACGCUGCUGCUGCCCUUCCUGGCGCUCCUCUUCCUCUUCAACUCGCUCGACAAGUCCAACAUUGGCAAUGCCGAGUCGGCGCACUUUUCGCGCGACAUGGGGCUCGACAGCGGCGACGUCAACACGGCCGUUGCGCUGUUCUUCGCCUUCUUCGUCGCGCUGCAGCCCGCGGGCGCCGCGCUGGGACGUCGCUAUGGCAUGGUCGCCUGGGUCCCGUCGUGCAUGCUGCUGUGGGGCGCCUGCACCGUGCUGCACGUCUGGGUGCGGGCGCGGUGGCAGCUGUAUGCGCUGCGGAGUGUGAUUGGGUGCUUGGAGGCCGGCUUCUACCCCGUGACCGUGUCGUAUCUGUCGCUGUUCUACACGCGCUUCGAGUUUGGCCGCCGCCUGUCGCUGUUCUACGGCCAGGCCGCGGUCGGCGGCGCCCUCGGCGGCGUCCUCAGUUUCCUCGUCUUCCGCCGCUUUCCGGACCACUCGGCCGCCGACUCGCCCUGGCACGCGUGGCAGGUGCUGUUCCUGCUCGAGGGCGGCCUGACCAUGGCCGUCGCGCUGGCCGGGUAUGCGUGGCUGCCGCACAGCGUCGAGACGGCCUGGUUCCUCACGCCCGCCGAGCGCCGGUACGCGGCCAAGCGCAUGCUGCGGGACCGCCUCGCGCACCAGGGCCGCCCCGCGCGCUCCAAGCACCGCGACUCGAAUGACUGGUCGCCGACGCCCGCCGCGGCCGAGGAGGCCCGCCGCCUGCUUACCCCGUCCGCCGCCGUGGCCGACGACUGCUCAGACGACGGCCGCGCGGCGCUCGACGACCGCGGCCUCACCCCGCACGACAUCCUCUCGGCGCUCGCCUCGCCCCGCGCCUGGCACCUGCUGGCGUGCAACAUCCUCAGCGCGGUCCCCGUCUACGCCUUCUCCGUGUUCCUCCCGCUCGUGCUCGCGCCCCUGACGGGCCACAGCGCGUCGCCGAGCCUGGUGAACCUCCUCACCGCGCCGCCGCACGUGUGCGGCGCCGUGACCCUGUUCGCAUUCGCCUCGUACAGCGACACAACACAACAGCGGCUGCGCCCGAUCCUGCUCGGUCUGAGCAUAAUGGCAACAGGCCUCAUCUUUGUCGUCGCACUGCCCGAGUCGUGGCCGGUGCUCAGGUACCUCAGCCUCACCGUGCUGGUGAGCGGCGCAUACAUUGCGUCCCCGCUCACGGUGGCGUGGAUAAGCGGCAACACCCCCCUCCCCGGGAAGAGGGCGCUGAUGCUCGGUCUGAACGGCUGGGGCAAUCUCGCCGGCGUGCUCGCCGCGCUGCUGUUUCGGCCGCGGUACGCCGAGGAGGGGUACAUUGUGCCGUUUUGGUGGACGUUGCUGUGUGUUGCGCUUGCCGCGGCCGGGUAUUUGCUUUUCCUGCGUAACUUGCGCGCGGAGAAUGAGCGCCGUCGUGCGAUUGUGCGAGAGUGGGGGCCCGAGCAGGUCGAGGCCGAGCGGGCAAGGGGCGCGGGGCCGCUCGUGCAGAGACACGCCGUCGCCGAGGGCUGGAUGGCGGUGCUGCGGCGCUGUGGCUGGGUCGGCGCCGUAAAGUGGCUCGAGCGUGCGAUGCGUGGCGGGAGACAGGGCGAUGAGAGGAUGACGUUUGAGUAUGGGCUGUGA